ACUUAGCAGUCCUUAGUGAUUCAAAAUCUUGCUAGUUUUAAAACAAAAUUACCUUGGCACUUUCAGAGUACUUCUACUACUACUGCUCCUGCUACUACUAUCUCGUUCUUUCUUUGUCUAUCUCUAUUAGAAUUACAAGGUACGGAAACUGGAGGAAACAAACUCAGAUAAGAUCAACAGAAGCUAAAACACAUAAAGAGGAAGAACUAUUUUCCGACUGAGGAAAGAUAAGAAGAAUCCAAAAGAUGAAGAUGGUGCAGACAGAAGAUCAUAUACGAAAAGGUCCAUGGACUGAACAGGAGGAUCUGCAAUUGGUGUGUUUUGUAGGUUUAUUUGGUGAUCGCCGUUGGGAUUUCAUAGCAAAAGUAUCAGGUUUGAACAGAACAGGAAAGAGUUGCAGGUUACGUUGGGUUAAUUACUUGCACCCUGGCCUCAAACGAGGAAGGAUGACUCCCCAAGAAGAACGUCUUGUACUGGAACUUCACUCUCGUUGGGGAAAUAGGUGGUCUAGAAUUGCAAGAAAAAUACCAGGCCGAACAGAUAACGAGAUAAAGAAUUACUGGCGAACACAUAUGAGGAAAAAGGCUCAAGAGAUGAGAAAACGAGGUACAGCAAUGACAUCAAUUGCAUCAUCAUCAACUAUUACUACUAUGACAGAAUCACCAACAAAAUCCGAAAAUGUUCCAGGAAUACGCAACAGGUUCCCUGGUAACGAAGGAAGUUGUAAUACUACCGAUAUAGAUGUUAAUGGAGAAAGAGAUAUAAGUGAAGAGGAAGAUUACUCGAUGGAUCGAAUAUGGGACGAAAUUGCUUCCCCAGAAGACGAAGUAAACAGUGGACAAUUUUUUGAUGAAAGAUCUAACAGUACUAAUAACAAUAAGGAAGUAGGUUGCAGCUUUCCAUGUCCUCCGAUGGCUUCUCCACUAUGGGAGUUAGGUUCUGAAUCAUUGUGGAAAAUAGAUGAUGAAGACGAGAUGAAAAUGUUGGUUCAUAUGGGUGGGACUGGUGACCAUUUCAAUUCAACUAUGAACACUGUGGACAAUCAUAAGUUAUGUUUCCAUUAGUUACUUUGAAAUCGACCGUGUGCAUCCCUACAUAUGUUCUCUAACUUCUCUAGCAUAUGUGUAAGUGUAGUUUUCAUUAUGUUUAAUACUUAUGAAAUUGAUUUUCAAUGCUGUUCGUUUGCUUUCAGUUUUUAAGGUCAUCUAGAGAUCAUUAUAAAGAUGUGUAGCUAUGUAAUAUAAUCCCUCAGUUUGUGACAUGUCAUUAGAGGAGAUUUAUAUGUAUGAUCAAGUAAUGUAAAAUAUAAUCACAAUUAAGAUGUUUCUGUUUUAGGCACAGCCAGAUAUAUAUGUA